CUUGGAAUGCCAGCAGGGAAUCUUUGGUCGGUUGUUCUGAGCACCGGAUUUUAAGUUAGCUAAGUUGGAGGGACGCGCUCUGCUACAGAAGCAAUUCUAUGAACAUAAUAUGAAGAGAGAAAGGAAUACAGGUCACCAGUGGCAGCUGCUGCUACUGCUGUUUCAUUUACAAUGGCUACUACCUUCAGCUUCAGCCCUCCACCUACAGGACCUCUUUCCAUACGGCGAAGCCUGGGGGGACCAAUUCCUGCAGGAAGGGGAUGAUGAGACCUCAGCCUUGGUGAAGCUGAAGAAGCCCCUGCGGUUCUAUGAAGCUCAGUUCAGUAGCCUCUAUGUGGGCACUAAUGGCAUCAUCUCAACUCAACAAUUUCCUAGAGAGAUACAAUAUGUAGAUAAUUACUUUCCUACAGAAUUCCCUGCCAUUGCCCCCUUCUUAUCUGACCUUGAUACUAGCAAUGGGAGGGGAAAGAUCUCUUACAGAGAAGAUGACUCUAUAGAGGUAUUGAGACAGGCUGCUCAAUAUAUUCAGACUGGGUUUCCCAAGACUGCUGCAAACUACACACCAACCCAUGCUUUUCUUGCUACGUGGAAGGAAGUAAGAGCCUAUGAAAAAGUGAUACAAAAUGUGUUGCCAUCAAGACUGAUGAAUACUUUUCAAGUAGUUUUGACAUUUGAUGAGUUUGAUACCUAUGCUCUCUUUCUUUAUCCUACUAAUGGACUUCAGUUCUUUGGAACCUACCCCAAAGAAUCUCAUAAUAUACAUCUUGAACUCCCAGCCAGAGUUGGCUUCAGCCGAGGUAAAGAUGACUAUCAGACAAGAGAAGGACCUUAUUUUAGUGUAACUAGCACUGAACAAUCUGUGAAAAAUCUCUACCAAAUAAGUAAUCUUGGCAUUCCUGGAGUAUGGGCUUUUCACAUUGGCAGCAUAUUCCAGCUGGAUAAUGUUGAACCUGCAAACAUCGGAGGAAACCUUUCAAUAGUCCAUUCUCUAGAGCAUUUUCUUAAUAAUGAUGCUGAGUACAAUGUUCUGGAAAGUAAUUAUACUGAAGACAAUAUGAAUUAUGUUAAAGUUUUUUAUAACGAAGAUGGUGAUGAAAUUGAACACUCACCCAGUGGACAAGAACGAGUAUCCAACAGUAAUAGCAAGACAGAAAGUUCACUUGACUCAAAUGCCAGUUCUCCUAAUCAGACAGAUCAUGGUGAAUCAAAACAUGGUAAAUUCUCUCCAUUGGACUCAGAACUAAACUUCAAAUUGCUAUACCCAGCACCUAGCCAUUCACCAAUAUCUUCCAAAAUAGAAUCUGACUCCUUAUAUCCUCAGACUGAAGAAGGGACACCAGAAAGGGAGGGGAUUUUUCUGGUAUCAAAAGGCCAAAUUAAGUCUUCUCAGGAAAAAGGAAUUAAAAGCUCAUAUCCACUAGAACUCCUGGAUCUCUUAACAGAAUCUCCACCAUUCUAUCCUAAAAAUGAAACUAUCCGACUCUACCCUGAUGGUGGAGCUAUGUCUUCAGAAAUGGAAGCUCUUUCAAUCUAUUCUGAGGGAGUUGUUCUUAAAAAUUAUCCUUUUCCAGAAAAUACUCCACCGUUAAAUCAUGGAAGGUAUGUUAUGGGAAUGGAAGAAGAUAGCAAUUUCAAACCUGAUGUAUUCACAUAUCAGACUUCCAUCAAAGAAACCUGUGAACAGAACCAUAGACAGUGUUCCCAGCAUGCCUUCUGCACAGACUAUUCCACUGGCUUUUGCUGCCACUGCCAGUCCAAGUACUAUGGAAAUGGAAAGCAUUGUUUGCUAAAAGGAGAACCUCAUCGUGUCAAUGGGAAAGUGAGUGGACAUCUACAUAUAGGACAUACUCCAGUUUCCUUCAAUGAUGUAGACCUGCAUGCCUACAUUGUAGGAAAUGAUGGGAGAGCCUAUAUAGCCAUCAGCCACAUCCCUCAUCCUGCAGCCCAAUCCUUGUUGCCACUUACUCCAAUUGGAAGCCUCUUUGGCUGGCUCUUUGCUUUAGAAAAACCAGGUUAUGUGAAUGGCUUCAGCAUCACUGGUGCUGUUUUUACUCAUCACAUUGACAUCACUUUCUACCCAGGAGAAGAGAGAGUUCAUAUUACUCAUACUGCUGAAGGACUUGAUCCAGAAAACUACCUAAGUGUUAAAACAAAUAUUCAAGGUCAAUUGCCUUUCAUUCCAGAAAAUUUUACAGCCCAUAUUGCACCAUACAAGGAGAUUUACCACUACUCUGACUUGGGUGUGACUUCCACAACCUCCAGAGAAUACUUCCUUUCACUUGGUGAAAUGAAUCAAACGUUCUCUUAUCAUUUACACCAGAAUAUUUCUUACCAGGACUGUAAGAAUACUCCUAACCCCAGGAUUGUCUCUAGAACUCAGCAGCUAAAUGUGGAUCGUAUUUUUGCUUUAUACAAUGAAGAUGAAAAAGUACUUAGAUAUGCUGUGACCAAUAAUAUUGGCCCCAUAGAAGUUGUUGGGUUUUUUUCUCGAUCUAAUUAUUUAGGGAAUACUGAUCCUUUGGUGACAAAUCCUUGCUAUGAUGGGACUCAUACAUGUGAUGUAACAGCCCAAUGUCUGGUGGGAACAGGACUAGCCUAUUCAUGUGAAUGUGCAUCUGGCUACCAAGGAGAUGGAAGAAAUUGUUUUGAUAUAAAUGAAUGUGUAACAGAUUCCCAACUAUGUGGCCACAAUUCUGUGUGUGUCAACUUGGCAGGAAGCUACAUGUGUGAGUGCCAGAAUGGUUAUGAAUUUGCAGAUGAUAAGCACACUUGUAUCUUAAUUUCUCCACCAUCCAAUCCUUGUGAAGAAGGCAGUCAUACAUGUGCUCCUAUGGAAAGUGCUGAGUGUAUUUACCAUGGAGGCAGCUCUUACAGUUGUGUUUGCCUUUCUGGUUAUGUUGGUAAUGGGCAUGAAUGUACUGAUAUUGAUGAAUGUAUAGAAGAAAGAUGUCAUCCUACUGCUAUCUGCCAUAAUAUCCCUGGCUCCUUCUCUUGUCACUGCCAACCUGGCUAUAAUGGGGAUGGAUUUCAGUGUUAUCUUGGUUUUCAGAAUACCUCUCUUGACUCCUUCUCUGUGUCCUUUGCUGAAUAUUCCUCCAGAUCCAUUCUCCUGAUUGUAGAGACUACUCAGGGACCACAGUCAAUUUGUGAACGUUGGAGGAAAAGUCUUCUGGAGCACUAUGGUGGCAGACCUCGGGAAGACCAAUAUGUUCCACAGUGUGAUGAGUUUGGCCAUUUUAACCCUUUGCAGUGUCAUGGAAAUAGCAACUAUUGUUGGUGUGUGGAUAAGGAUGGCAGAGAAGUUGAAGGAACUAGAUCACAGCCAGGCUUCUCUCCGGCAUGUAUACCCAGCAUUGCUCCUCCCAUCAUCCUACCAUCUCCACGUCCUGAUGUGAUACCACCAUCUCUUGGCACAUUUCUACUAUAUGCCCAGGGCCAACAGAUUGGCUACCUACCUCUCAAUGGAACCAGGUUACAGAAAGAAACAGCCAAGACUCUACUAUCAUUGCAUGGUUCUAUUGUUGUAGGGAUAGAUUAUGACUGCCAAGAGAAGAUGGUAUACUGGACAGAUGUUGCUGGGCGGGUAAUCAGUAGGGCCGGUCUGGAAUUAGGCAAUGAGCCUGAAAUUAUCAUAAGUUCAGGACUGAUGAGCCCAGAAGGACUUGCCAUUGACUAUUUCCAUAGAACCAUGUUCUGGACUGAUAGUGGCCUUGAUAAAAUAGAGAGUGCCAAAUUGGAUGGCUCAGAGCGUAAGGUUCUCUUUGACAAUGAUUUGGUGAAUCCUCGAGCCAUCACUGUGGAUCCAAUCAGAGGAAACCUGUACUGGACUGACUGGAAUAGAGAAGGCCCUAAAAUUGAAACUUCUUCUAUAGAUGGAACAAACAGAAGAAUUUUGGUGAAUAAAGACAUUGGACUACCUAAUGGCUUAACCUUUGACCCCUUCUCUAAACUGAUUUGCUGGGCAGAUGCAGGAACCAAAAAACUGGAAUGUGCAUCCUCAAAUGGAACUGGAAGACAUAUAAUACAAAAUAACCUCAACUAUCCCUUCAGCAUUGUUAGUUAUGCAAAUCACUUUUAUCAUACUGAUUGGAGAAGGGAUGGUGUUAUAGCAAUAAAUAAAGAUAAUGGCCAGUUUACUGAUGAGUAUCUCCCAGAGCAAAGAUCACAUCUUUAUGGAAUAACUGCAAUUUAUCCCUACUGCCCAAAAGGAACAAAGUGAUAUACUAUGAAUCCUAAAUGAGAGAAUGUUAAACCUGAAGACUAUUUUGUACCAAUUGUUGGAAGGUGAAGAAAAUGGAAAAAAAUAGAGGCCAAUGCUAGUUUCUGGAUAUGCAACAAAAUGACCUUUUAGAGGGCAAAGUUUAGUAAGUGUAUUGUGGGAGAGUUUUAUUAUACUGUAAAAUCUAAAUUAAACGAACACUCUCUGGUUCUUAGUUUCCAUAGAGUUUAUUAAUAUUUACUUGAAAUAGAGAGUAUAGAGAUAGAGAUUUUAGCCUUUUCUAAUCUAACAACGUGGAUGAUCUUCACAUGGCUCUCAGCCACAGUCCUCCAAGGGAAUAGAAUAGAGUGAGCCUAUUUCCUGGAACUCCCUCUUUUAUCUUCUCCUUUACCCCAGACCCAUAACCUUUAUGUUCUGGGUCAUGUGCCUGUCCCCCGAGACCUAUGUAUGGAGUAUUCUCAUGUGAUGUCCAGUCACAUGACGUAAAGCUAGGGGACACAGGUAAAGUCAGGGGACACAGGUAAGACCCAGGAGAUUCCCUUCACACAAUACCUCAAUUUUUACUACUGUAUUUUCUAAAAAUAAAAAUUUGAUACUGUAAGGAAAAAAUAGAUUCCUUAAGUUGCAGAAUUUUAAUUAUUGCUUAUAAAACAGUUAAAAAUCCAGUUACUAUAGUAAAAUCAUCUGAAUUUGAAACUUAAAGAAUCCAUUGAUUGAUUUUAGUAUAGAUUCUUUUUUGCUAAAAAAUUAUUUUAACUAAAAUAUGCAUGUAAAGAAAGAUAGGGGGGAAGCUAGGUGGCUCAAUGAAUUGAGAGCCAGGCCUAGAGAAGAGAGGUCCUAGGUUCAAAUAUAACCUCAGAUACUUCGCUUAACCCCAACUGUCUACCUUGUUGAUUAUAAGAUGGGAAGGUAAGGAUUAAAAAUAAAAGAAAAAAGAAAGUCCUAAAGAUCUUAAGUAUUUAAGAGGCUAUAUAAGAAACAUUAAUGGGAAAAACCAAUGUAAGUUUUUUUUAAGUUCUAAAUAUCAAAGGUCUCUUUACCUCAGCAUCAGUGAAUUUCUUUGAGUAUUUAUAUAAGAAGGUGCUAGAAUGAUUCAAUCUGUAUUUUAUAGUACCUCUAUAUCCAUAGUGGGAAAAGUUACAUUCAUGUAUGCUUAUAAGACAUAUUUCUAUUCAAAGGUUCUGAAUUACAUUAAUAAAAUAUUUACAUUUUCCUAUGA